UUUCUGGACCACAUCAAAAAAGACUGGUCAACACAUUUUAUAACUAUUCAGAUCCAGCAUAUUCGGAGUAUUUUUUUUUAACAAGACUACUAAUUCACUAAUGAGCCGUACAAUGUCAAUGUACUUUUUUUUAAUCGACAGUCCACAGUCUCUAUGACCUGGUGGGACGUCCCGUCCGCCGACCCCCGCGGAGCAGAACUGAGCGCUUCAGAGCGACGGCGGAGUCUCUGUUGGCGACACCACGGAACACACUCCAAAUUGAUUUUCGAGGCGCUCUUAGCGUUCUUGCAAACAAAAAAUAAACUCUCAAAAGUAAGGUAUUCUUAUUUAAAAAGGCUGGUACUGUUUACUCCUCGCGGGGGAUUACUCGGGACUUGAACCACACGAUUUUCCUCUCAACACGGACCACCAGGUUCUGGUGACCUCAGUGAUGUUCGGCCAGCGCUACGACAGCCCCCCGGUCUACAGCCCCCCCUACACCCCGCCCUCCAAGAAUGGCUACGGGCCGGCCGGAAGCUUCCAGGCCCCCCGCAGCGAGUAUGACCCCUACCCGCCCCCUCCAGGGUCCUACUACGUCGAGGACACGCCCCAGCACUUCUACAGGUGGCUGUCGCCGCCCGGCAUCGUGAAGGUCAUGAUGGGCGUGGUGGUGGUGCUGUGCGUAGGGAUCUUUGCGUGCGUGGCGUCCACCCUGAUGUGGGACAUGCAGUACGGCGGUGGCCUGGGAUCCUACGGGGGGGGGUCGGGCUACGGGGGAGGCUAUGGCGGGGGCUACGGAGGGGGCUACGGGGGGGGCUACGGGGGGGGCUACGGCGGCGGGAGCUACGGCAGUGGUGGAUACGGCGGCUACGGCGGCUACAACUCCUACCCCACGCCCUCCGCCGCCAAAGGCGCCAUGAUCGCCAUGGCGGCCAUCGACUUUGUCGUCAUCCUGGGCUUCUUCAUCGCCACCUUCUCCAAGAGCCCCACCUUCCGGAGCCGCCGCUUCUACCUGGCCAUCCUGGUCUGCAGCGUCGUCCUGGCUGUACUGCAGGGCAUCAUCAACAUCGUGUACAUCGUGGGGGUGAACCCCAUGGCCCAGAGCUCCUCCUCCAUGAUGUACAACCCCAUGCUGAUGAUGUGUCAGAACCUGUACCAGACCAGCUACUCUCAGAUGGGAGGAGUGGGCGGCUUUCCCAUUUACAACCAGUACCUGUACCACUACUGCUUUGUAGACCCACAAGAGGGCAUUGCUAUGGCGUUUGGGUUCCUGGUGGUCAUCGCCUUGGCUGUAGCUGCCUUCUACGCAUACAGAACACGGGGAAAGAUCUGGCGCUACGGCAAACCCAACAUCUACUGGGAGCCCCCCCCCACAGGGCCUGUGGCCCCCGAGGGCCAGGACGUUGAGGAAUGGGUGAACAACGUGGAAAAGAGCCAGGACGCCCCCACCCUUGUGCUCUCUGAGAAGUCUGGGGGGCAGCUCAACAACUCUGCCAACAGUGUUACAUCCUACAGCCUGGACAGAGUCCUCAGACCCUCUGUGCCGACGGACGACUACGUCAACGAGUACUCGGAGCGCCCCAGCCGCCCGUCGGAGGCGUUGUCCCAGGGGGGCGGGGGCCGGACCAGCUCCAGCCCCUCUGAGGAGACCGGGGGGGGGGUCCGCAGGCCGUCCGCCCACCGGGGGAAGAGGCGUCGGCAGAACCCCGAGCUGGACGAGUCCCAGUACGAGACGGAGUACACCACGGGGGGGGAGACGGCCAACGAGCUGGACCCGGAGGAGUGGGACAGCGUCUACCCGGUCAUAACAUCAGUCUCCCAACGCCACGAAUACAAGCGGGAGUUUGACUCUGACCUCAGGGAGUACAAGCACCUGUGUGCCGAGAUGGACGACAUCCACGACCAGCUGAACAAGCUCAGCAGACAGCUGGACACUCUGGACGAGAGCUCGGCCAAGUACCCGUCUGUGGCAGAUGAAUACAACCAACUUAAGGAUCUGAAAAGGACUCCAGACUACCGGGCUAAGAAACACGACUGCCGCAGGCUGAGGCAUAAACUGUUCCACAUCAAACGCAUGGUGAAGGACUACGAUAAGACCCACUAAUGAAGCACGCACCCAGCUCCAGCACAACACCCAAGAGCAUGUCCUUCAAUAUGGAAAACAAAGACUUUCUAGAAGGCUAAGACCAAAAAUGGUGUGCACUCAAGCACACACACACGCACGCACGCACGCACGCACGCACGCACGCACGCACGCACGCACGCACACACACACACACACGCGCGCGCACACACACACACACACACACACACACACACACACACACACACACACAAACAUUACAAACACAGUAAAACAUAAUGCCACUUAAACACAUGCCGUUCGUAGUUCACCUGUGUUAGCUUGUUGCAGCUUCCUUAUGCUAUCAGAGUGAAUGUUGUUGAGUCUAACUCUAUGACCAGGGGCAAGUGAGAACAUUUGCAGCCAGUUAAUAGCACCACUACCGUUAUUCAAAAAGGGCCAUUUUGAAGCCUCUUAUUCUGUUGGAGCCUCUGUGUGUCGGAGGUGAACCCUGGUGAAGUGCUCUCUGUACUGCCGGUUCCACAGCGGGGCAGCCUAGAAGGAGAGCCUAUCUUAUCUGAGGAAGGUAUUUAGAGCUGAUAAGAACUGAUGCAGUAUUGCAGGGAAAUGUAAGAGGGGUGAGGAGUGCUGUGAGGCUUAUCCACAUUCAAACACACGAGGUCAGUACUCAUGGACAGCAUGAGAGGCCAGCUCGUCGGUCGCUGCUCGUGAGCCGGUUCUGGACGCUGUGGUGAAGCAUCUAGGUUGAGGACGUUGGUGUUCACCUUAACUUGGUCUCUUAACUGAUGAUCAAAGUUGAAUUUAAACCCUAAGGAGAUGAACCUAGCCAGCAAUAGUGUAACAUUGUUUAAGAGAUUUGUGUCAGCGCUACAAAAAAGAAUCAGAGUUGAUUUGUGAGUGAACAGAAAGAUAAGGCGUCUGUUAUGUUAGGUUGCUGUCUUAAAAUACUGCCAGGGAUGUUAUCUGUUUAUACCGUGCUAAUGGCAAGUAGCAUUCAUAGGGCAUUGGUUGAUUCUGUAAGGGCUUUAGAAUUAUUUGUUUUACAACUCAGUGUUUUAUUAUUCAACUUUAUUUGGUAAUCACUACCUUGGAAGUCAUUCAUUGUUAAUUCAUGCAGUGGGGCUUAUAGAAAUCCUCAAAGGCUGUAAAUGGUCAAUUUGGGAAUAGUUCCUUAGUUUGUAGUUUUUGCAAAAAUGAUCUUCUAAUACAAAACACUAUGAUUUUUAUUAUUUUUUAUUUAGGAUUUUGUACUAGCAAGAGGGACUUGAAACCUAAGAAAAUGGCCUUAUGUGAACACUGUUUGAGAUCUUCACAAAGCUGUACUGUUGUGUGUGCCCUUUCAUCUGCUGGUCUGUUUCAUUUCAGAUUUCCCCCCCCCACAAUGUUCACUUGGCCAACUUGUCAAAAGUGUGUGGGUGUCCCUGGAUUCAACCUUGUAACCAUUGUAACAUGUCCUUGUACUAAUCCACUCCAAGUGUUCCUUGUAUUUACAUGUUAAAAAUAUCUUAAAACGCUUAUGAUACAUUUUAUACAUGUUUUUUAAUCAAAUGAUGAGUCUACAAAGUACUUUAAUGUUGUUUCAUAAACAUUAUGCAAGCCAUUUUUGUUUUUAA